ACAGAACUUGUGUUACACAGUAUUAUUGUGACGUCACGGACUAUUUUCCGAUAUGUGGGUCGGACGGCCGGAACUACUUUUCUCCAUGUCAAGCUGGAUGUACUGGUAGAGAAAACAUGCUUUACACUAACUGCACAUGUGCCGGAUAUGACGUAACAGCCCGCCCUGGCCUGUGUCCUUCCGGUUGUAAGAUGGUGUAUGGUUUUGUUUCAAUGAUAACGACUGCCUCCUUCGUGUGCACACUUGGUAUGAUGCCAUCUUUUAUCUUCACAAUCAGAUCAGUGCGCGACAAACAGAAGUCCCUGGCGCUCGGACUGAAAACAUUCCUUAAUGCAACGCUAGGUUGGCUGCCAGCACCGGUUCUGUAUGGUAAGAUCGUCGACUCAAGCUGCGAAGUUUGGAGUUCAAAUUGCAAAGGUCAAGGAGCAUGUGCAAUGUACGAUAUAGAGGACUUCCGGGUUAAACGGGCAACAUACGGAAUCAUAUUUUGUUUCAUGAUCAUUUGUCUGCAAUGGGUGCUACUUGGUCUGGCCAGGAAGAAGAAAAAUUGGAGUACUGGAGUGGCAUUAGCUGAUAUCAUUCCACAACCGGAAGUAGAGGAUAUGAUCGGGAAUGAACUAAAUAAUAUCGAUUAGGGCUGCAACGUCACGCACAUGUCACGAUACAAUGCUUACAAUACGAUACGUAUCACGAUACAAAUAUCUGCUUAAAAGGUCCAAUUCAUAAUGAUUGAGUGCAGGAUUUCAUCGAGUUAUGUCGUAGACUUCAAUAGUAAAUGAUAUCGAAAAAGAUGUUUGUAUAUUUUCUAGUAUUUUUAAGUAUGACUACACAGUGAACCACAUCUUCACUGAAGGAUUCAAACAAUAAGUACACUUUUAUAGAGUUUGAUUAAAAAUUUAUUAAUAAUUCAAAUACUGUCAGUGUUUCGCGAUACAGGCAAACAAAACAGUUCAAUAAGAUACACAAGAAAGUAUCACGAUAAAAAUACGAUACGAUAUAUAGUUUCAGCCCUCAUAUCGACGUCUAUUCUACCAAAGAAAGUAUCUAAUGAAGUUGAAGAAAAUCUUAUAUUCACAGUUAAGCAGACGUUAUGUAGAAGAAGGUUUGUGCUUAGCACUUUACAACAACUGAAGUAUACGAACAAGUACCUAGAGAUAGGUAAACACACCAGGCUUCCUCUAAAGAUUCCUUGUUGGAAAACAUUAACGACCUGGUAUUAGUACUAUAUGCCAUUUCAUGUAUAAGACAUUCAUGAAAUAACAUUUGCUUUUAGGGCAUUCAAUACGACAUAGAAUCAUGUAUGAUUAGUGUCAACAAGUCAAUUCAUAAUCGGACAUAUAGCAAAACUAGGCUGUGUCGCUCGUCAGCGACCAUGGUCAUCAGCUCAAUUGUGUAAAGCAUCUGUCUAGAGCUCUGAGAGUCUCAGGUUCGAAUCCCGGCCUAGCUAUCGCAUUUCCUUUUCGCCUAUUACAAAAUUGGCUAGCUUACCAACCCCUGUUUCAAACAUUGGGUGUACGCUUAUUUAGUUAUUUCAGUUUUUCUUUUAAUAUUUGUGGUUACAAAGAAUUUAGAAAUUUUAGUUUUUAUCUAUCAUCUGUUGAUAUAAAUGUAGAGUUGUAGGCCCAAUGUUAACUGAUUACACUCGGUCAUCAAUGUUCACUGACUACACUCGGUCAUCAAUGUUCACUGACUAUACUCGGUCAUCAAUGUUCACUGACUACACUCGGACAUUAAUGUUCACUGACUACACUCGGUCAUCAAUUUUCACUGACUACACUCGUUCAUCAAUGUUCUUUGACUACACUCGGUCAUCAAUGUUCACUGGCUACACUCGGUCAGCAAUGUUCACUGACUCCACUCGGUCAUCAAUGUUCACUGGCUACACUCGGUCAUCAAUGGUCA